GGAGACGUGCGGCACAGAAGAGACUUUGAAUCACCUAGAAAGCCAAACAACGUAAAAUGAAAUAUCUCAUCUUUUUCGUUUUGUCGGUUUCCUGUUUUCCUUUGGGUAAGUGAAUUUGUAUAUUGAAGGGGUGGUUUUAAGAUCUAAAGCACUUCACAUUAAACUAAACUUUUAUUUGCUUUCCUGACUAUAUAGUUUGAAGUAAAUAGAAGUUUUAAUUUUCGAAUAGAAGUGAUUGAUACACUUCCUUUUGCAGAAAUAGUAUGUGCAUUUAAUAUUGAAACGUGUUUUAGCCCCAUUAGUUUUAAUUUGAUAAAUAUUUUAUAGAUAAUCAAGCUCCCUAAUCAGCUAAACCCAGUGGCCAGCUUAGGGAGGGUGGGGUGGAUGAAGAGAUCACCCAGGGUAGCACUUUAGAGGUGGCAGCAAAUCAUAAUCCUAUUUAAAUAUACUUCUGGAAUUUAAAAAAAAAAUGCAUUUGUUUUUUUUGUUGAAAUACUUGCUGCAUAAUUAUUUUGAUUAUUAAUUAUUUAUCAUUGUUCGUCUUGUCUUGACGAACUUGAAAGUUCAACGUGAUAACUAAAUGAAUUUAAAAAAAUAAAAUCCAUUCAAAAAUAAUAGCAAUCCACACAAUGUUCGUGCUCUUCAAUUGUAAAAAAAAGCCUUUAUUUUUGGGCCGAAAAACAAACUUUAAUUUUGAACAGUUCUACACGUCAUAAUCUGUUUAAUUCCCACCAAUUACUGAUUUAAAAGAUGCUGCUUCAGCAGUAAAAUUGAAUGGUGACCCCUGCUUUACAUUAAAUUGGUGCCCCAAUAUUGUGGCCCAACAUUGCCAUUUACUACCCUGUUGCUGAAAUUUCUUUAGAGAAACAUAAGAAAAUAAGAUUAUCACAUUAUCUUUAAGUGUGGUUUUUGCUUCUAAUUUUUCUUUUGGAACGAAUCUGGAACUAAUUUUCAAAUUACCCUUAUAGUUUAACCCUCAGAUUUUCGCAAACCUUAUGAAAUGAACUUUUAAUUAUUUUUUUAAAGCUCCAGCAACCAGUAGAAAUUUAGAGGUGUUGAUCAAAUUGGUCGUAAGUAUUGUAAUAAUAGGAUUUAAACAGAGAAAGUGCGAUGUAAAGGAAAUGUAAUGCAAUUAAUAUAUACAUACUUUGGAUAGCUGGUCAAUUUCUUUAAGUGAACGCCUGGUCAAUAUGGGGCUACACUGAAAUGGAAACGUUAAAAUUUAACAGGCAUCCUUUCUUGGCUGUUCGUAGCUAAAUACAAUAAUAUGUUGAAACCUGAGCAGCGUUUUAUAAGUGCAAGGCAUCACCUAAAAUUAGAUUCGGAAGUCUUGAGGAGGUGUCACCAUGAGCUCAUCACACACGAUUGCACCAACAUUAAUGACUCCUCUGACUGCGUGUAAUGUUGCAGCGUCUGUCUUUUCAAGUUAAAAAAAUUCAAUGUCAAUCGUAGACUUUUCCCAUAGGUUGUGUUUUUUCUGACUAAAAACAAACGUUGCCAACUCAAUAAUAAAUUAUACUCCAGACUAAUAACUCAAUCUGACAAAUCAUAACGGACAAAAACAUAUUUUACAGACUCGAGUUUUAUUUUAAUUUCGUAUUAAUAAUGAGCUAAAAGCAAAUAAAUAUCCGAGGCGUAUGAUUAUAUCUCAAUUAUGCAUACAUAUCUAUUUAAUGUGACAUUGUCACUAUGUCUAGUGAUACUGUAUUGCCUGGUAAUCGCAUCAGCUUUUAAAUUCUGUUGCUUCUAUUCAUACAAUCUUAAAACAAACAAUAUUAAAAAGCUUAACAUACUGGGCUUUUAAUUUUCCAAAGCCGUAAGAAAAUUACUUAUUUUUACAGGCGUCCUAACGUAUAUGGAAUAUUAUUUUAUAUAAAAUCUUUACUGACUGACUGUAACUGUAUCAAUGGUUGGCAACUCUUCUUUGGGCUGAAGCUGAGAAAAUUGUUCAUGUAUGCAAACCUGUUUUUGCCUUACAAUUCAUUAAAAAAAAUUUGUAAAUAUUACCAAGAAAAUAUACUAACAACUUGACGAGAGGAUACAAAUUUGGGUUCUUUGCACCAGGCGGCAUUUAGACAAGUAUGACACUGAUUAAACCUUCUCAUAACCUAACCACAUCAUUUAUAAAUCACAGGUUUACAAUUAUUUGAGUAUAUUUUAUUAGAAAUCGAACAGAAAUGUAUCAUCAAUCAAUUAUUGAAAUUAUCUGUGCCUAAAAUAUAAAUACAAUUUUCAAGCUGUUUAAUUUUUUUUGGAAGAUGUGGUUUAUGACAUUUCUGUGAUGUUUUCGAUACGAAAUAAAUGCAUAUUUACAUGGCAGUGUGCCACCUAUGGGUAAAGGAGCACGCUCCUGUGUUUUUGUUUAUCCCAUCACAGUCACUGAACUGGGGCAUGUUUGUCCCACAUUUGAACGAUAAAUCAUGACACUGACGUAAGGUUUCCCCGUGUGAUACAUAAGGUAGUUUAUUCAACCCGUGAGAAUGUGAACUGAUACCUGGAGUCGGCUGCAUGUAGUUUGAUAUUGGACUGUCUGUUCGAAAUGAUUGUCCCAGACAUUUAGGCUAAUCAAUAAAGAAAUAGUUCUCAAGACUUGCAUGUCCUUGUUUAUAUAUUUAAACAGUCAGCCCGCCAACAACCAGAUACAUGUAGUUUUGUGGGGAGGUGGGGGAGGUUGGGGGUUGGUUAGGGCUAUCGGAAGAGUUCACACAAAUAUAUACAUUCAGAGCUUGACCCUUGAUUGCAAUGCACCCUAAGCAUUUCUAAAUUCACUAUUUCCUUCACACGAAUACAAUGCAGUUCCUUAAAUAUUAGUUUAAUUGUAUUUACUUGUUCAGUUCAUUGAUGUAUCUCCGUCUUUAUAGGAUUAUCCAAAACAUGAUUUAAAAAAAAAAAUUUUUUUUUGUUGAGUUAUGUUUUGUAUUUUCGGCUGAAAAUGGCCAAUAGCCAAAUCAUCUUUUAAUCAUUCUGUCUUUUCAUUUCAAGCCUAAAUAUAGCUUCUUCCUCUAUUUUAUACAUGGCUGUAGGGAGAGUGACGGAGGGAACUAUUUACUUCCGGGAAGGGCAUUUCAUUUUAUUUUUUAUCUAUUUCAUUUUCUUUUAACUUAAAAAAAUAAAUAAUUCGGGAUUGGGAUUAUGAAAGACUGCAAUGUGCCAACUUGUUAACAUAGAUUGAAAAGAAAAUGGUCGCAAAAACCCAUAAAAAAAAACCCUGUAACAAUCGGUAUUUAGCAUACUUAUUUAUCACAAUUUUUUUUUUUUAAUUUCAUUAAUCAUAAAAAUAAACUGACUAUAAGUUUUUAUUUUUUGGGGUAAAUUUUUACGACUAUAAUUUCCUUUAUUAAGAAAAACAUAAAUCGGAAACUGGUUAAAAAGUCAUUGCCAUUCUUGGCUUAUAACAUGAGUCACUUUUACUAAUACUGAAAUUAAAUUUAUUGACAAAGUAUUAACUGAUUAAUUUCUUUUCAAUAAGCUUCAGCGGAAGGAAAAGGUUGCCAGUCAAAUACAGAGUGCCCAACACCUGAGUACACAGGCACAUGCCCCACCGAAAAGUUCUGUAUAUGCAGUGCAGGUUAUCGGUUAAACACAGCUAAAACAGCUUGUGAAAAAAGUAAGAUCUGAUUAUCACAAAAUUUUGUCAAAAUAUUCUUCUAUAUUAUAAUUCCUGUAAUAUUUAUAUUAAUGGCAAAUAAUAUACUAUUUAUUCUUUUCAGAAAACAUGUUUAAUACAAUAUACAUUUAAAAGAGAUAUAUGCUUUAAAUAUUUAUUGAUUUCAUAAACAUUACAGCCUUAUAUUAAUACAAUUAGUCAAAACAAUAAAAGAAAGAAAAAAAUUGGUAGCUGCAAACACAACGCUUGUCCACUACUCUUACUAAUUGAUGUAUCAUUCAUGCAACAACACAAAAGUAAAACUUUACGACGUUCACUACAAGGAAACGAAUCAUAAAAUAUAGUGAAUGUAUAAAUUAUACGUUCAUUAUUUACAUCAUGCAAUAAAAUAGAAAAUCGAUGUAAAAUACGCUCAAUGACAUUAAAAAUCAUGAACGUAUUUCUAUAUUUUAAUAUUCAUAUAAUGCAAAGUUGUAGACAUAAAAUCUUUAAACAAAAAACAUUAAACAAUAUGAGGUAAAGAGCCCCCCUGUUGUCUUUUACUCUUAUGCCUGUUAUGACUUCUCUCCCACUAUGUUCCUGUUUUGGUAGACUAUCUAACUAUUCAUUGCAUAAUAUAUAACUUCAACUUUGACACAUAGUGGCUGAGAUUUUCUAUGUUUAAAGCUAAAUAAAAAUAAUUUACUAAUAAAUUCAGGUAAUGCAAUUAUAUUUAUUUUCACUCUUGCCUAAUAAUGACUUUUGAAAUUUCGCCCACCACUGCUAUCUCUUUCAUGAAUCUGGUGUGUAGUCUUGCAUCAAAUUUUAAAUUGUGUUCGCUUGGGUAACUCUAGAACUCUGCAUACAAAUAUAUGGCGCUUCAUGAUCCAUCCAUCCCUGUGACGCUACAGCCCAUGUAGGGCUUUGUCCUGCCUCACCACUUCCUUCCGCUCAGACCUAACUAAUGCCUUUCUUUUCCAUGCUUGGACUUUCAGCUGUUGUAGAUCUUUUUUUUAUCAUAAUCUACCCAUCUAAGCCUAGGUCUUGCCUUUGAGCCUUUUUCCUCUGGGGUAUUGGUGAUGUACCCUCUUCGUUCCUCUGUCAUUUGGCAUUCUCUCUAGGUGUCCUGCCCAGCGUAGCCUGCCUAUUUUUUUCUGCCACUAUCGUGGGAUCGUGAUAUAUACUGUAUAAUUCCUGGUCAGUUCGUAUUCUCCAUCCAUUUUCAUCCUUUGGUGGCCCAUAUAUUUUCCUGAGAACUUUCCUCUCCCAUGUGUUUAAUAGGUUUUCUGCUGCUUUUGUUAGAGUCCAGGUUUCACUUGCAUAUGUUACAACUGGUCUGAUCAGUGUUUUAUAAAUAGUUUUCUUUGUUUCUCUUGUAAUAAUUUUAAUUUUGAGUAUUUUCUGACUGCUGAAGUAUGCCCCGUUUCCGGCUGAUAUUCUUUCUUUUAUUUCCGUUAGUAAUUCGUUUCUUUCACUUAAAAAUGAUCCUAGGUAUUUGAAUUGAUUUACUUUUUCAAAAGUUUGGUUUCUAAUUUUAAUUGUUUCAUCUGUUUGUUACUCUCUUAUCAUGGUCAUGUAUUUUGUUUUUUGGUUGUUAACUUCCAGCCCUGCUUGUAAAGAUGCGUCUUCUAAUUCAAUAAAGGAUUUUGAUAUGUCUUUUAUAAUUUUUCCCUAGAAGUGCUAUGUCAUCAGUAUAUGCAAGAUAAUGAAGAGGUUGGUGGUAGAGUGUGCCCGUUAGUUGUGGGUCUUGAGUUUCCCUCAGAAAGUAUCCUGUUAUCGUUCCUCGAGUGCCAAUGUGUAUGUUUCUAAUAAUUCGCACUAAUGUUAGGUUAAAGAGUAUACAAUUUCUAAUAUGAAAUUCCCUUGAAUAUUCUCCUUGAAUCUUGAUUUUGCUUUUUGAGUUGUUUAGUGGUACAUGUAUUAGCCUUGUCAGUUUGUUGGGUAUUCCAAACUCCUGCAGAUUCUCAUAUAAAUAGUUUCUUUUUUUGCUGUCAUAGGCCAUUUUAUAGUCAACAUAGAGUUGAUGUACUGGUAUAUUAAAUUCAUAGCAUUUCUCAAAUAGACAUUUGAUGGUGAAAAUCUGAUCAGUCAUUGAUCUGUUAGGCCUGAAUCCACAUUGGCAAUCACCUAGUAUUUCUUCAGUCCAAGGUUGUAGCCUUUUGGCAAUAAGCUUCGUAAGUAUUUUGUAUGUAACAUUUAAUAGGGAGAUUGCUCUGUAGUUUGUGCACUGAAGUUCGGGGCCUUUCUUAUGUAUUGGGGUUAUUAAUGCUGUUUCCCAUUCUGUUGGGAUUUUCUCUUCUUGCCAAAUUUUAGUUAUAAGUUUCUGUAUCUGAUUGUGUAGUUCUUUUCCUCCAUAUUUAAUCAGUUCUGCUGUGAUAAGGUCUUGUUCGGGGGCUUUGUGAUUUUUUCACGUAAAUAAAUACCUCUUUGGUUUCUUCUAGGGUUGGGCACUGUAUAAAAGGGUCUGGUACUCCCUGUUGGAGUUGAAAAUCUUCUUCUUGUCUAUUGUCUGCAUUUAGUAUGUUCUCAAAAUAUUCAGCCCACCUCUCCCGUUCUUUACUAUUUUCCUUGAUUAAUUCUCCAUUGUGGCUCUCACACAUUUGCGGUCAGUCUUGGUAUCCAUUCUUUUCAUCUUUUAUCUUCAUGUACAUUCCUCUUAUAUUUCCCUUCCUUGAUAAAUCUUCUAUUUCCUUUAAUUUAUCCUUUUCCCAUUCUAUCUUUUUCUUCCUACACAUUUUUGUUGAUUUCCCUCUGGCUUCCUUGUAUAUUUGUGUUGUUUUUCUGGUUUCCCUUUGUAACAUGGUCUUUCGUGCUUUGUUUCUUUCUUCAACAGUCUCUCUGCAUUCAUUGUCGUACCAGCCUAUUCUAUUGUUGGCUUACUGAAAUCUCACUACUUUACUGCUGAUCUUUUAAUGUCAUUUUUAAUCUUAUCCCACUGAUCAUUUAUGUUGUUUUCCCAGUUUAUUUCCUGGUGCGAUGCUUUUAAUUGUGCUUCUACUUCAUUCUGGUAAGCUUUUGCAGUUAACUGGUCUUUGGGCAGCUUUUGGUAAUCGUAUCGUUUCUCUCUUUGAUUACGACCAUUGUAAACUAAUCUUAUCCUCUGCCUUUAUUUCAUCCUUACAAGUAGAUGGUCCGAGUCCACAUUUGCUCCUCUAAGGCUUCUCACAUCUAAUAUAUCUGAUCCAUGUCUUCGAUCUAUUAAAAUAUGAUCGGUUUGAUUGCGGGCUAUUCCAUCUGGUGAGUUCCACGUAGCUUUAUGUAUAUUUAUGUGCGAAAACUUGAUGCUGCUAACUGGCAUCCCUUCUCCUACCGCGAAGUCUAUGAGUCGGAUCACAUUGUCAUUGGAUUCUUCGUGCAUGCUUUCCUUGCCAAUAGUUGGCAUGAACACCUUUUCUUUUCCUAUUUUGCCAUUGAAGCCUCCAAUCACUAUUUUAAUAUCAUGUCGUGGUGCCUCUUCGUAGAUUUCUUCCAGUGUCUCAUAAAAUGAUUCUUUAUCCUGAUCUUCUGUGUCUUCCGUUGGAGAAUGUACAUUUAUUAAUGUUAUAUUGAACAUUUUUCCUCGCACACCCAAAGAACACAAUCUUUCAUUUUCUAUUUUGAACCUUAUGACUGCACUGACUGCUUCUUUUUUUACGGCAAAUCCUGUUCCUAUUGUGUUGGUGUUGCUACCGCUAUAAAAUAUGGUGUAUUCUUUUGUCUUAAGGAUGUCUGUAUUUUUCCAUCGAAUUUCUUGCAAUGCAGCAAUACAUUUUUUUUACCAGCUGAUUUACAAGGUUGGUUAAGGCUUCUGCUCUAAACAGGCUUAGUACAUUCCAAGUCGCAAUCCAAAAAUCAUAUCCAUAUCAAUGCAUAGGUCGAUUUCCAUUGGUAUCAGUCUGGGUUUUGUUCUUUUGCUUGUAUUUCGUAACGUUGAUUUUUUACGUGGCCGGGUUGUUAACCCUGCGCACAACCGUCUGUAGGGUUGCCCCUUACAGCUCCCUGGAUAGCUGCCUAAGUUUUUAGGUAAGGUUCCCUAGCCUUUGUGGAUUCCUUCCUCUUCCUACAAGGCAGUAGUUUCUGAUCUUGGUCCACCCCAGGUAUUUUAUUUCCCUGGUACCCUCUAUAUCUGGUGGUCUUUCCCCUAUCCACCACCUGGGGAGGCGCUCGAUGGGAGAUCAGUAUCUCCGCACGAGGCGCUUCAUAAUGAUAUAGUAUAUAUUAUUUUAACUAAUAACCACAACCACAAAUACAGUAAUUGCCCUCCCCUGUCAUUACAAUUUUUGAUACAUCAUCGCACAAUGCUUUGUAAUCUUAUUAACUAUGCAAUCAUUUAGGGGAAGGAAAGACGGGAAGGUAGAGUGACUCAAACUACGGCUUUUUAUCAAAAGCAUCAAAUUCACAAAUAACAUAAAGUAUCAAUCUACCAAACGUCAAAGUAACUAAAGGUUAAAACCCCACUAAGAAGAAAUCUUUUUAUUUGUAAUGUUCUAUAAGAAUUAUGGCAUCAAAAAUAUCUAAGCUUUCAAACUAUCUGGCUGGCAUUCAAAGUACAGGUGUACUAUACAGCGAUAUAUUUUCUGGGAACUUAUAUGAAAAAAAUGAUGGAAUUAAGCAGAUUUAUUUAGGAAAAACAACGUCUUCUUUAAUGUUAACAUUCCAAAACGGUUUCUCUUCCCAUAAAAUUAAAAACAAAACUAUUCACAGUUUGGUGAGGUGAAAGAUCCCUGUAAUUCAGGACAUGAUGUUGAACAAAAGGCUAAAGUGAUCAAGUAAAAAUCAUCAUCAUUAUCAGUGGCGCUACAGCCCAUAUAGGGCCCUGGCUGGUUCUACCACAUCCUUCAAUUCAGAGCGAAUCAUAGCUUUCCACCUCCAUGCGCGAACCCCCAACUGAUGUAAAAUCCGUCUCCACAUCGUCUAUCCAUCUCAGCCUUGGGUGACCGGUGAUUCUUCUGCCCCUAGGCUUCGGCCUGUCAUUAACUUUUCCGCUCUACAUUCAGGCAACCUUUCAACAUGUCCUGCCGAGCUUCUUCUUCUUCUAUAUCUUAAGGGCCCACGAUCAAUUUAUUGAUCAUUUUGGCUCCUAUGCAUGUAGAUGGGAUUUGCAAUGUUUCUGUUACUGGUGGUGAUGAGGAAAUUAUGCACUAGGGGUUUGAAGGCUUGAGGCAAUAGACACAAAUGCGUCUAGUGUUGUCGCCUCAACUGUUCCUUUUGAAAGAUGGUUCCAGUCCCUGAUUGUCUUGGGCAGGAAUGAGCAGCUCCUAUACUGGCUUCUUGCUGGUAUGAGCCUGAAUUGCCUGUCAUGGCCUCGUCGCUGUCUAUGGGGGAGAGGGACGAGUUUCUGUUUAAUACUGGAACAGUGGACCAGCCCAUUAUUUAUCUUGUACAUCAUGGAGAGCCUGGAUUGUCGUCGUCGUUUCUCCAAUGGUGACCAGCCUAGUGUUUCUAGCAUGCUGCCAACACUAGAGGUAUUCCUGUAGCGGUUUAGGACAAAGCGUGCUGCUCGUCGCUGGACCGCCUCCAACCUGUCAAUGCUCUUCUGGGUAAAUGGGUCCCAGACUGAAGAUGCAUAAUCUAAAAUCGGACGGAUAAAGGCUUUAUAUGCUCUUUCUUUCACACAGGAGUUGCCAAUCUUUAGAUUUCGCCUUAAGAACCCCAGGGCUUGGUUUGCUUGGUUACAUACAUUGUUAAUAUGCUCGUCCCAGCGGACCUCUCUUUGAAUGGUAACACCCAUGUACUUUACGGAGGAAACUUGCUCAAGUAUAUGGCCGUGCAGUUCGUAUUGGUGGUGUAGAGGAGUACAACUUCUAGAGAUUGAUAGUUUCUGGCACUUGGCAGGGUGAAAUUCCAUGUCCCAGCUCAUCUCCCACUCAGCUAACAGAUUGAGAUCCUGUUGUAGCUGGUCCUGAUCAGAUCUGUUGGCGAUCGUCCUAUACACUCCUGUGUCUUCUGCGAACAGUCUUGCCUGUGAUGUCAGUUUCUCCGGUAGGUCAUUAAUGUAUGCUAGGAACAAACAGGGGCCCAGGACUGAUCCCUGGGGGACCCCUGACUUCACAUUAACAAAGGAGGAGCUUGUACCGCCCACCACUACUGCUUGGCGUCGGUUGCUGAGGAAGCUAGAGAUCCAUGUUUUAGUGGUGCCUUGAAUCCCAUAGAUCUGGAGUUUGUGUAGAAGCAAACUAUGAUUCACCCGGUCAAAUACUUUUGCGAAGUCCAUUACUAGCACGUCAGUCUGCUUGUGGUUCUUCAGAUUGGUCAUCAAGUCUUCUACAAAUUCGAGAAGCUGGGUCUCACAUGACCUAUUGACUCGGAAGCCAUGUUGACAGUCAUUGAGUAUAUUUUGGCUUUCAAGAUGCUUCAUGACAGAGCUUACGAUUAUGUGCUCCAACAAUUUGCAGACGACGCUAGUGAGGGAUAUCGGACGAUAGUUGGCAGGGUCGGAAUGCUCCCCUUUCUUGUAAAUUGGAGUGACAUGCGCUGUCCUCCAGUCUGCUGGAACAUUUCCUGUGCAUAGUGACGAUUGGAAGAGGAUUGUCAGUGCAGGAGCGAUUUCUUUGGCUAAUUCUUUGAGCACUCGUGGUUUAAUGUUGUCAGGACCACAUGCUUUGUAAGGGUUAAUGGUAUUGAGGAGGGCAAACACACCUUGUUCUGAUAUCUGGAUAUCUCCCAUGAUAGGAUAGGCUCUGUUCAUCAUUUUGGUCUUCAGAAGGAACUCAGUCUCAGAGUACUCUCUACCGUCACCAAAGACCGACUGGAACUGCUGAUUGAGUAUCUCCGCCUGUGCUUUUGGGUCAGAUGUCAAUUGGCCAUCCCACCUCAAGGGGGAAACUCCAGCGUUUGAGGACUUUUGGUGUUUCACAUAGCUCCAGAAGCGCUUGUUCUUGACAUCUUUGGUCGGGGUGUCUUCCUCUGAGAAGAUGCCGUUCAUGUAGUUCCAAUACGAUCUACGCAAUAAGCGUUGAAUGGUUCGGCGGAGUCUCAGUACCUCCUCUCUCAGUUCCAUCGAGCCAUUUUUCUUCAUGCGUUUGUAUUGGCGGUCUCUCCUGUGGAUGAGCCUACGGAUUUCAGCCGUGACCCAUGGCUGAUUUAUCCUAGGUUUGGUGAUUUGGUGUGGUAUAAAUUUCUUCACUGCAUCAGUGAUUGUAGUCUUGAACUUCACCCACAGCUCGUCUGUUGUCGCUGUACCUUGAAUCACCUUCAUGUUUGAGCUUAGCUCUGUGGUUGCAAUCCUUAGGCCAUCCCAGUCUGCCUUGGCAUAAAUUGGGAUUUCUCGAAUGAUUUGUUUCAUUUUUAGUGUGUUGACCUGAAAUUCACAAUAAGGAAUGCUGUGGUCCGAAAUCCCGGGGAUGACCUCAACUUUUUGGACACGAUGUGGACAAUUGGUGAGGAGUAGGUCAAGAGUGUUUUCCCCCCUCGUGGGUUCUUUAACCAGCUGUUCCAGACCAUGGUUGUUAAUUAUCUCCAUGAAUUCUGAGUGUAGAACAGGGUAUGGGGACUUGGGCUUCAAGGCAGGAAUCUGCCAAUUCCAACCAGGAAAGUUAAAAUCCCCCCCUAUAAGGAGAAAAGCGUUUUUUGACUGUGUUGCUCUGUGAAGCGAUACCUCGAACCUCCUCAGGCUUGGUUCAUCUGCUGUAUUUGGUCGAUAAUAGGCACACACGUAGAGUGUGCGUCUACCCUUUAGUUUCAAUUUUACCCACAGGAUCUCGCAGUCGUCAACAUCGAGUUCUGGAACAGCGUGGCAGUCCAAGUUGUGAUGGACUGCAACAAGCACUCCUCCUCCUCUGUCUUUUCUGUCUCGACGAAAUACUUUGUAUAUAUCUGGUACAACCUCUGCGUUUGCUAUGGAGGGAUUCAGCCAUGUUUCUGUGCCCAAGAUGAUGUCGGGUUUUGGGCUGUUAAUUAGGUUAGCUAUCGCUACUCGCUUACCACUUGCAGACUGGAAGUUUACAUUUAAUAUGCGCAAUGGCCUGUGUCUCCAUUUGUCUUGUUGACUGCAGCGCAUAGGAGUAGAGCAGUGUGGUGGUUGAAAACUUCGAAUGUCUCUUGGUGUGGAGAUUGAGUGGUUCAGAGAGAAAUCUGGGAAGGUAGAGUCUGUCCCUGCACUAUGUGGGUCAAACACAGACUGGUUAAUCUGGCAGCCGCAGACAGUACAGUGCCAUGGCACGUCAGAAUUUUUAGCAUGUUGGUUGUAAUUAGAAGUGUCGAUGCUUUGGCAUUGACGAUGGAACCAUUGCCCACAUUGUUCACUGGCAACGCGUCUGUCCUCCACAUGUACAACAUGGUCACAGGCUUAGUCUGCCUGCUUUUAUCAUUCUGACUAUGAAUGGGUCUUUGAACAAGUUUUUGGUUUGUACGGAUUCUCCAGACAUCAUUUUCUCUUAGUGGACCGUAUAUUUUUUGGAGGAUUCUCCUCUCCCUUAUGUUGAGGGGUCUAUGCUUUUCUGUUAAGGAUCCAGGUCUCGCUAGCGUACGUUACUACUGGUCUUAUGGUAGUGGUGUAUAUUGACUUUCUUGUCCCCUUGAGGAACCAAUUAAGUUUGUUUUUCCCAGUAGCUUUUGUAGGCUGAAAUAGGUGAGGUUGCCUGCAAUUAUCCUUUCUUUAACCUCCAACAUUAUCUCAUUGUGCUCGUGUAUAGUUGCCCCUAAAUAUUUGAAUGUAGCCACUCUCUCAAAUUUGUGGUUGUUUAUUUUGAAUGUAUCAUCCGUAUGGGAAUUUCUUGACAAUAUCAUAUAUUUUGUCUUCAGUUCAUUUAUAUCACGACCAGCUUUGACUGAGGCAUUCUUAAGUUCCUUGAAUGAUUAAAUUAUGUCAUUCUACCUUGUAGCGCUAUAUCGUCUGCAUAUGCAUGGUACUGCAAUGGUUGGCUAUAUAAGGUCCCUGAUGGUCGUUGUACUGUACUAUCUCCCUGGAAGUAAUUUGUUAUGGUUCCACUGGUGCUCACGUGUAUGCUCCUAAUAACAUUUUCUAGCGUAAUGUUAAACAGAAUACAUGAUUAGUGGGUCUCCUUGUCUGAUGGCCCGAUUAAAUGGGAACUCCCUUGAGUAUUCUCCCUGCACCUUGAUUCCACUUUUGGAGUUGGCCAUUGUCAUAUGUAUGAGCCGAGUAAGCUUGUUACUUCUUGUUUACGCUAUCGUAUGCUGUUUUGUACUCCACAUAUCGUUGUUGUAUGUCGAUGUUAUAUUCGUAACAUUUCUCCAGGAGACAUCUUAUAGAAAAAAUAUGAUCCGUGGUUGACCUAUUCCAUUGGAACCCACAUUGAUAGUCCUCUAGGAUCUGUUCAAUAUACUUUUUCAGUUUUCUCGCUAUAAGUUUUGUAAGGAUUGUGUACAAUACAUUAAGAAGAGAGGUUCCUCUAUAGUUUUAGCAGAUCAACUUAGAUCCUUUUUUGUGAAUGGGGAUUAUGAGUGUCGUGACCCAUUCAAUUGGCAUUUCUUCGUCCUGCCAGAUUCUAGAUGUAAGUUUGUGUAUUUGCCUAUGCAGUUCGUUACCACGUAGCUUUAUCAGUUCUGCAGAAAUGAGGUCUAUUGAUGGGGCUUUUUUUCAUGCUGGAGAUUACAUUUUAUUUCAUUUAAUGUUGGUUGGUUGUCCGGUGGGUCCGGUCCUCCUUGUAGCGGAGUGUUAUCCUCAUUUUUUCCUCCACCUGAGCCAUUCAGUAAGCCUUCAAAGUGUUGUGCCAAUCUCUCUAAUAAUCUACUGCUCUCUGUGAUCAAUUCUCCAUCCAUACUUUCACAUAUGUUGGAUCUUGCUUGAAAAUCCGUUAUUUCCCUGCUUCAUCUUCAUGUACAUUCCACUCACACCUCUUUCUUUUUUUGGAUACUCUUCUAUAUCUACUAUUUUAAAUUUUUCCCAAACACGUUUUUUUUUUUCUGCAAAUUUUGCAGCCCACCAUUCUUGCUAUAUUUAUAAUUGCCGUGUUAUUCUUGUCUCCUUUUGCAGCAUCAUUAGCCGAGCUUUGUUUCUUUUAUCUAUAAGUUCUUUGCAUUCUGUAUCAUACCAUCCUGUUAUUUUCACUAUCGGUAUAAAUCAAAUCAUUUCCUAUUUUACAAUUUUAACUAUUUGCUUCAUCGUUUCCAAUUGCAUGUUUAUAUCAACGUUACUGGCUGAUUUUCUUCUGGAUAAUUCUAUUGUAUUUUUCCAUCUUCUGUUGAUAUUUCUCAGAAUUUUUUGGGCCCUUACUCAAUUUCUGACUAUUGUACUGUUUUUCUCUUUAUUAUGUUUAUUGUGGAUGUUACAAAUUAUUUGUUUAUAUUUGAUUCUAAAAAGUAUGUGGUCUGAGUCUAUGUCAGCCCCUUUACAACUUUGCACAUCUAAAAUGUCCUAGCCUUAUUUCCGGUCGAUGAGUACGUGGUCAAUUUGAUUACGGGUAAAUCCAUCUGGAGAUAUCCAUGUCGCUUAUUUAUUUGUUUAUGUUGGAAUACUGUGCUACUGAUUGUUAUUCUUUUUCCAAUAUCAAAGUCUAUAAGACGUUUUCCGUUGUCAUUGAUCUUAUUAUGCAGACUUUCCUUUCUGAUUAUUGGUCUGUAGACUAGUUCUUUCCCAAUUUUCGCAUUGAAAUCGCCAAGGACUAUUUUGAUAUCAUGGCGUGGAGCCUCAUCAAAUAGUCUUUCCAGUGUUUCGUAGAAAGUUUCCUUCAUGCUUUCAUCUGUAUCUUCUGUUGGAGCAUGUGUGCAGAUUAACGUGAUGUUAAACAUUUUUCCUCUAAUCCUUAUGGAGCAUAAUCUUUCACUCACUGGUUUAAACCAAAUGACUGCAUUUACUGUCUCUCUUUUGAUCGCAAGCCUUGUUCUAAAGGUGUUUGUGUUGUUUCCGCUGAAUAAUAUUUUAUAUUCCUUAGUAUUUAGCAUAUCUGAGUCUUUCGAUCAAAUCUCCUGCAAUGCUGCAAAUCAAGAUUCUAUAACUUAAAAAUUCGUCACUGUCGCGGGCCAAGGCAUCUGCUCUGUAUAAACUAGGUACAUUCCAAGUUGCUAUCCGGAUAUCAUAAUUUUUCAACAAAUACAACUUUUGUUUUAAAGUCAAUAAAAUCUGUCCUAAUUAGAGUUUUCCGAUUGCAUGUUAGAUACAGUAUUUAUGCAAGGAAUUGUAAUACAUUUUCAUUUACAAUUUAGAUGAAGCCUUAGAAGUGAGAGAUAGAGAAAGAGAUAAAGAUUGAGAGAAAGAAAGAAAGAAAGAGAGAGAGACAGAGUGAGAGAGUAAUAUAGAAAGAGUGUGAGUGAGAGGCUAUUGUGGUAUAAGAUAAGGUGCAGUGAUGGGAGUGUUAAUGUAAAAGAUGAUGGUUUGUAAAGGUGGAAAUAUUAGUGUCAUUAAAAUAAAAACCAGUUUUCGUUUACCAUCCUUAGUUUUAGCAGUUAAAAAAUAAUUGCAAUUUAUCGCUUAUAACUUCAGUCACUUUUAAUAAACCUGAAAUUAAUCUUAUUGACAAAGUAUUAACGUAUUUUUUCUUUUCAAUUUGCUACAGCGGAAGGAAAAAGUUGCCAGUCAAAUACAGAUUGCGCAACACCUGAGUACACAGGCACAUGCCCCGCCGAAAAGAUCUGUGUAUGCAGUGCAGGUUACCAUUUAAACACAGCUAAAACAGCUUGUGAAAAAUGUAAGAUCUGAUUAUUACAAAAUUUAGUCAGAAUAUUUUUCUAUGUUAUACUUCCUGUAAUAUUUAUAAAUAUCUUUUCUUAUACCAAAUGAUAUACCAUUUAUGCUUUUCAGAAAGCAUGUUUAAUAAAAUAUACAUUUCAAAGACAUUUACUUUAAAUAUUUAUUGAUUUCAUAAACAUUACAGCCUUAUAUUAAUAAAAUUAGUCAACACAAUAAAAGAAAGAAAAAAAAUGGUAGCAGGAAAAGCAACGCUUGUCCACUACUCUUACUAAUUGAUGUAUCAAUCAUGCAUCAACACAAAAGUAAAACUUUACGACGUUCACUACAAGGAAACGAAUCAUCAAUUAUAGUGAAUGUAUAAACAUACUUUCUUAAUUUACAUCAUGCAAUAAAAUAGAAAAUCAAUGUAAAAUACGCUAAAUGACAUUAAAAAUCAUGAACGUACUUCUAAAUUUUAAUAUUCAUAUAAUGCAAAGUUGUAGACAUAAAAUCUUUUUUUUUUAAACUUUCAACUAUAUGAGGUAAAGAGCCUCCCUGUUGUCUUUUACUCUUAUGCCUGUUCUGACUUCUCUCCGACUAUGUUUCUGACUGUUUUGGCAGAGUAUCUGACUAUUCAAAGGAUGAUAAAUAAUUUCCAAUUUGACAUAUAGUGGUUGAGGUUUUCUAUGUUUAAAGCUAAAUCAAAAUAUUUUACUAAUACAUUCACGUAAUGCAAUUAUAUUUAUUUUUAACUCUUGCCUAAUAAUGACUUUUGAACUUCCACCCACCACUGCUAUUUCUUUCAUAAAUGUGGUGUGUAGUCUUGCAUCAAAUUGUAAAUUGUGUGCUCUUAGGGAACUCUUUAGACUUCUGCAUACAAAUAUAUGGCGCUUCAUAAUGAUAUAGCAUAUAUUAUUUUAACUAAUGACCACAACUGCAAAUAAAAUAUUCUCCCUGCCUUGUAAUCGCAAUUUUCGAUACAUCAUCGCACAAUGCAUUGUAAUCUAAUUAACUAUGCAAUCAUUUAGGGGAAGGAAAGUCGGGAAGGUAGUGUGACUCAAACUAUAUUUGUUAUUUAUUGACUACGGCCUUUUUAUCAAAAGCAUCAUAUUCACAAAUAACAUAAAGUAUCAAUCUACCAAACGUCAAAGUAACUAAAAGGUGAAGACCCCACUAAGAAGAAAUCUUUUUAUUUGUAAUGUUCUAUAAGAAUUAUGGCAUAAAAAAAAUAAUAGCCUUCACACUAUCUGGAUGGCACUCAAAGUACUGGGUACAAUACAGCGAUAUAUUUUCAGAGAACUUAUACAUGAAAGUAAAACUACUAUUUUUUUAAAAAAAGGGUGAGGAAAUCAAGCAAUUUUUUGAAAGAACAACGACUUCUUCAAUGUUAACUUUUCAACACGGUUUCUCUUCCCAUAAAAAGUGUUCAAAAAAAUUCAGUUGGGUGAGGUGAAAUCCCUGUAUUUUAGGACAUUAUUCUGAGCAAAAAAUUUAGAGAUCAUGUGAUAAACCUUGAGAAAUUUGUAUGAAUCCUCGCCCUCAGGUUCUUUCAGUAUUUGAGUUCUAGUGAAAUAUUAUUGCUGUAUUAAUAACUGAAACGAAAUAAGACGAGCCUAUUAAAGACCAAUACAGCAAGUAAAGUCUUUGGACAAAGUAAGAUGAGAUUAUCCUAAUCUUUUAUUCGAAUAUUCUGUAGUGACUAUAUUAUUACUUCUAUAAUCACAAUACAAAUUUAGUUUGAAAGUCAAUAAAUCAGUCCUAAUUGUCGUUUUUCGACAGCAUGUUAAAUACAAUAUUUAUGCAUGGAAUUCAAAUACAUUUUUAUUUACACCUGAGAACGAGCCUUAGGAACUUCAAACUUAGAGUAGAGAGAGAGAGAGAGAGAGAGAGAGAGAGAGAAAGAGAGAGAGAGAGAGAGACAGACAGAGAGAACGAGAUAGAAAUAGAGAAAUAAACGAUAAUGCGAGGCAAUAGUGGUAUAGGAUAGGGUCCAAAAAUGGAGUGCUAAUGUAAACUAUUGGGGUUUUCAGGGUGAAAAUCUAUAUUGUUCGUCCGUCGAGGAUCGUCAGGUGACUGUUGACUUGCGCGGAUGACUUUAUUUAAAGUGAAGAAGAAUUGCGUGGCGUCUACCUCACUCUCUCGUCCGAGUUCACCGUAUCCAGAGGCAAGACUCUACGUCAAGACGACUAGGGAUGGGUUCGGUUGCAGGAAUUGUCAUCGGCUGGGUGGCCAAAUGGUCUAAACUGAGCAAACCUCAAGUUGGUGGUCUGGUGUUCAAGUCCAGCCAAAGGCAAGUCAAGCAAAAACAUCACCCCGGGUGGAUGAGACUCGUUAAUGUUGGUCGGCAACUCUUCUAAGAAAAGGAAACUCUGAAUUCAACCUGGAGUUGGAGUCCCGUAAAGCGCAAAUUCCUGAGGGUGAAAAUAUAAGGGUCAUGAAAAUGAAAACUGGUGGUGGUUAACCAGCAUUUGUUUUACCUUAAAAAAUAAUCAUUGCAAUUCAUGGCGAAUAACUGAAAUGUAUCUCAUUGAGAAAGUAGUAACAGAUUUAUUUUCUCUCAAUUAACUACAGUGGAAGGAAAAACGUGUGCGUCAAAUACAGAGUGUCCAGCUCCUGAGUACACAGGCACAUGCCCCGCCGAAAAGAUCUGUAUAUGCAGUGCAGGUUACCAGUUAAACACAGCUAAAACAGCGUGUGAAAUAG